AUGAGCUUUUUUUCAAAAAUGCAUAGCCAGGCAACCUUUAAACCAAUUCACUUCUUUACGCCGGGUCAUCGGUGCUAUGAAGAUUAUACAUCCAUUCACGGUUGUUACGAGCUUUGUAACAUUGAUGACGCAAUAAAAUGUCCAGAUGGUAAAAAAUUAGAAGAUUGGUUUGCGACUCAUGCUGUUGAAUUCUAUAACCAACUUGUUAUUUUUUAUAAAUUCGUUGAAAAUGAUUGCACAGAAGAAAAAUGUCCUGUAAUGUCAGCUGGACAUAAAUUUAAAUAUUUAUGGCAAGACGAUGAUCAAUUUAAGACACCAAAAGAGUUACCCGCGAAAGAAUACGUAUCUUUACUUUUCGAUUGGGCCGAUGCGUUUCUGGGUGACAAACACUUCUUCCCAAGUGAUCACAGAUCAUCAUAUCCAAAGACUUUCAAACCAGAAAUUUCAAGGUUAUUCAGACGAUUACUUCGUGUUUAUGCUCAUCUUUAUAACCAUCAUACAGCUGUUCUCAAGAGCUGCGAUGCACUUCAGCAUUUCAAUACUUCAUUCACUCAUUUUUAUAAAUUUACGAAAUACUACAAUCUAAUUGAUGAGAAGGAAUUCAAGCCACUUAAGAAAGCAAUUGAAUCACUCGGAUUAGAACCAAAAUCUGAACAAUAA